AUAUAUACUGGUAUUUAUUGUUACUAAGAUUGUAGUUAACUAAGACAUAAUGUGCACAUGCAACAGUGGUAUAUUUUGGACGGGAGUAGCACCUUCUGCUACCACAGGGUCUCGCUACCGCAGCGCGCUGCCACCACCAUCCAACCUUUGCGGGCUUCAUCCACGCCGCGUUUUCGGAGUGCGAAAAUUUCAACUUCCACCUGUACGCCAACAGCAUGACGGUAGAAGAACACGAAGACAAAGUCAUUGUGUCGCUCGACAGCGACCCCUCCACCAGCGUGACCAUCUUGAAGUAUGGGGCCACCGUGGUGUCCUGGAAGCUUCGUGGCAAAGAGCAAUUGUGGGUUUCUAGUGCCGCCAAAUUAGACGGGUCCAAGCCCGUGAGAGGCGGAAUUCCUCUUGUAUUCCCCAACUUUGGCAAGACCAAGGACGAGUCCCACGCCACUGCAGCACUCCCGCAACACGGGUUUGCUCGGAACUCGACGUGGGAAUUUUUGGGCCAGACCACCCAAAGCCCAUUGACAGUCCAGUUUGCUCUUAGUCCUGAUGAGGCCAACAGCGACAUUUAUAAGUUAUGGGGUGAUGGCACCAACGACUUCACGUUGAUCUACUCCAUUGGGUUGUCCGACACGUUGCACACACAGAUCGAGGUGGAAAACACCGGUAAACAGGCGUUUGAUUUCCAUUGGUUGUUCCAUACCUACUUUAAGGUGGAGGACAUUGAGGACAUUAUUGUCAACAACUUGACGGAAGAAAAAUGCUACGACCAGUUGUUACAGUCAUGGUACACCGAAAAGGCGCCCAUGGUGAACUUCAACGAGGAGUUUGACCGGAUUUAUAAGGAUAUUCCUGAGGAAAAGGUGUUGCAAAUCAUUGACAAGGGCUAUGUUUUACAGAACCUUCGAAGAUCUGGGUUGCCAGAUGCGGUGGUGUGGAAUCCGUGGAUCAAAAAGUCCGAAGGAAUGGCGGACUUUGAACCUAAGCUGGGAUACUUGAACAUGUUGUGUGUUGAGUGUGGAAAUGUGACGGAUUUCGUGAAGUUGGAGCCUGGAAAAGCUUGGACCGGCUCCCAGACGUUCCAGGUGGGUGGAGAGAUUCUUGUCCAAUCCAAUAUAUUUGCCUGAUGCCGAUUUAGUAGUAUGACUUUAUAGGGAAAUAGUACUCAAUUGAACUUAGCACAGCCUAAUCAGCGAAACUUGUUUUUAAAGCGGGCAAACCUAUCUAGUGACUUCUGCGACGACGAGAG